CGACAAAGUAUCUAUCUGAUCAGUUGUACAGUUUCUAAGUGGAUAUCAAUUUGUCGCAUUUUUUUAUCUUCUUUGCACAGGGAUGUCAUAUCCUCGCCACCCCAAUGCGGUUGUAAUCGAACCUCCGACAAAAACGAUCUCUCCAUUGAUCCGAUUCAGCAGAUAUGCUGCCCUUGGACUUGGAAUUAUGUGGGGUGCGUAUCGGCUGCGACAGAUUCGAGAAUAUCAUGCUGAUAUCCGAGAGUGGGAACACGAAAAGGCUGUUGCUAAGGCUAUUGAUGACGCGAGGAAGAAGAAGUGGCUGGCUAGAGACGAAAUGCGCUAUCUCAUGAAGGUUAUCGAUCUUCCAUUCGAAGAAGGAGUUGCCCAGUUCGGAGUUGCUGAUCUUUAUAGGGAGGAGUAGGUUGCAGAAAUUGUUCUAGAAGAAUUGUUCAAGCUGUCCUUAUUAGAUAAAUGGUAAUCGCU